AUGACGACCACAUCCGAGACAACAUACGACGCGUUGAUCGUGGGCUCUGGCCCCGGUGGCCUCUCGGUCGCCCUUGGGCUGAGUCGCACCCACCGACGCGCCGCGAUCUUCACCAAACCAGGCGGUGCUGGCUUCCGCAACGAGGGAGCUCAUGAGAUGCACAACUUUAUCUCGCGUGAUGGGAUAGCCCCAGAGGAGUUCCGCCAAAUAACGACUGAGCAGAUCAAGAAAUAUGGAACGGUUGACUUUAUCGAGGCUGACAUAGUGGCCAUGGAGAAGACAGAAUCCGGGCCUCCGACUUCCUUCACCGUCACAUCAAAGGAUGGCAAAGCGUGGAAAGGUCGCAAACUGGCUUUAGCCAUGGGCUCAAUAGAGACGUUGCCGGAUAUCGAAGGCUACAGGGAGAAUUGGCCUCACAACGUCUUCCAAUGUCUGUUUUGCGACGGACAUGAGCGCUCCCACCUCCCUGGAGGAAUCUUGACAUUCCCCUCGCCAAUGUACACGCACAUGGUACAGAUGAUGAACCUAAUCACGACUCCAACAUCUGGACCCCCCACUCUUUUCACCGACGGGCCUGUUCCCGAAGCCGAGGCCAUGCAAACGGCAUUAUCACAGAUCAAGGCAUUGAAGUGCAACAUCGAGACUGGAAAGCUUGUGAAGCUCGUCCCUGCGCAAGCGCCAGACGUUGGGGUGACGGUGGUGCUCGAGGGAGGCAAAGAAUGCAAGAUGGGUUACCUGGGACACAAGCCAUCUACAGUCCUGGCGGGUGCCGACAUCAUCGCUAAACUGGGAGUGGAAAUCGAGGACAACCCGAUGCUCGGCCCUAACAUCAAGGUCGUUGACCAGACCUUUUCAACUUCGGUGCGCGGAAUCUUCGUCGCGGGUGAUGCGGCGACCCCCCUCAAGGCGGCUGCCAAUGCAGCCAGUAGUGGAUCCACUGCCGCCGCGGGCAUCGUACAGCAGAUUCUUGCGGAGGAUUUGGAACUGCUCAUGGCAGAGACCAAGCAGGAAUGA